AUGGGCUUAUGUUUGUCUGCUGAAGAGAAAGAAUCGCGAUUACGAAGCUAUCAAAUCGACAAACAAAUUGAGGAAGAUAGCAAAAGAUAUAAGAAAGAAUGUAAAAUUCUUCUGCUAGGUAAUUACUCAUCGUUUAUGCCUAAUAACUUACAGGUUAGAACAUCGCUUGCCUCAUUUGACAGUUGGGCUUUGACAGGGUCGGGAGAAUCUGGUAAAUCGACAAUAGUUAAACAGAUGAAAAUAAUACAUAAAAAUGGUUACACCAGGGACGAGUUAGCGCAUUAUCGGAUAACGGUCUAUAAAAACCUGAUGGACUCUGCACAAGCCAUUGUUAACGCCACUAGAAAUUUUCGAUUGGAAUUUCAAAAGCCGGAAAACAAAGCUUUUGCUGAUAAGAUUUUGGAUUAUUAUAUCGAAAACGACCCGGCAUUUCGGCUAAGCCCAGAAAUAGUCGAUGCUAUUGAAUCUAUAUGGAGUGAUCCAAUAAUAAAAGCGGUCAUGGAAAAACAGAGUCACUUCUAUCUAAUGGAUUCUGCACCUUAUUUUUUUCAGGAAGUAAGGCGAAUUGGAGAACCCAAUUAUAUUCCUGUUGUGGAUGAUGUUCUUCGAGCAAGAACUAAAACCAUCGGUAUUUCAGAAACAAGAUUUAACAUGGGACAACUAAAUAUACAUAUGUUUGAUGUAGGUGGCCAAAGAUCAGAACGAAAAAAAUGGAUUCAUUGUUUUGAAGCCGUGACGUCUAUUAUCUUUUGUGUUGCACUCAGUGAAUACGAUCAGAAUUUAUUGGAAGAAUCGGGACAGAAUAGAAUGAAGGAAAGUCUCGUGUUGUUUGAAUCAGUAAUCAACAGCCGAUGGUUUUUGCGAACGUCGAUCAUUUUAUUCCUCAAUAAAACUGAUUUAUUCAAAGAGAAGCUACCUCGGGUGCCCCUUGAAAAAUAUUUUCCCGAAUAUUCAGGAGGAUCAGACAUCAAUAAAGCUGCAAAAUAUAUAUUAUGGAGGUUCACGCAGACUAAUCGAGCCCGGCUGAAUAUAUAUCCACACCUCACGCAAGCAACCGAUACAUCAAAU